UCCAUGUCCAUCGAUGAGGAAAAUCCCAAAGCUGUUGAGCCCCGCAAGGGCUCAGAAACCCUUUCCUCUUCCACCCAAAACCCAGCAACCUGCUGCAAAGCCUUGCUCCGCCGAGCUUCAAUCUAUGGAGUUGCCUUGGGAUACUGCAUCUCUGCGUCACUCCUUUCCAUCAUCAACAAAUGGGCAGUCAUGAGAUUCCCAUAUCCAGGAGCACUUACUGCUCUACAGUACUUCACAAGCGUCGCCGGAGUCCUCAUCGGCGGGUGGCUCAAGCUCAUAGAUCAUGGUGGUCUGCACGGCCACACGUUGUGGCGGUCCUUCCCGGCUGCAGUCUUGUUCUACAUCUCCAUCUUCACCAACAGUGAGCUCCUCCUCCACUCCAACGUUGACACGUUCAUCGUGGUAAGGUCAGCUGUCCCCAUCUUUGUUGCAGUGGGAGAGACCCUCUUCUUGCACCAGCCAUGGCCGUCGGUAAAGACUUGGCUCUCCCUCGCCACCAUCUUCGGUGGAAGUGUGCUUUAUGUGCUAACAGAUAAUCAGUUCAGUGUCAUGGCGUAUAGCUGGGGAGUGGCCUACUUGGUGAGCAUGUCCAUAGACUUCGUUUACAUAAAGCAUGUGGUUAUGAACAUAGGUUUAAAGACUUGGGGCCUUGUCCUCUACAAUAAUCUCGAGGCUCUCGUGUUGUUUCCAUUGGAGUUGCUGGUAAUGGGAGAGUUGGAGAAGCCUCGGCUGAGGCCGUGGAUGAGGGUGAUGCCCAGGCGGAGGUUGGAGAGGUGGGCUGUGAGGGAGUUUGGAGCUCUUGGGCUUGCUCUUGGUGAUGGGUUUGGGCUUGAGUUGGAGCCCAACCCAAGCUUGAUGGUGGGGGUAGCAUCUUCUCAAAUAAGUGGGCUGUGA